GUGUCUGAAGCGUACACUAUAUCCGCGGGUACACUCGACUCCAGAUUUUCGACAAUUAGAACAUGUCGAUCGACUUGAAUCACAUUUCAGAUGCCUUAAUCUGCAGAUGUUACACGGAUUCGUCCGGGUCUGUACUCGGCUCAUGUUCUGGACCCGCCGGGUGCUGGAUGUGUCCAGCAUACAGUAUGUGCGCUGAUACGUGUGGUUCCCGCGUAGACACUGGCAUGCAAGAAAACCAGCCUGACGACAGAGAUUUCCUGGGCGUUGAUUUGACGGUUCAUAGGGGGGAGAAAGACUCAAAACGAUAUUGUGUGAGAGUGGUGGUUUGGUGGCGGGGGCGCUCGGGGUGGGAGACUCGUAGGAUAGCUGACGAGUACUGCUACAACAACUUCUUUCCAGGCUGGCAACUUGUAAAAAUGGCCAAUUGACAUUGGAUUUAGGUAAUCCUGCCGAAGCGGGAAAGUCGUUGGGUUUCGGCGGUAGGCGGAAGACAUG